AUGGGUUCCAUUUUGUUUGAUGAGCUAUGUGAAAAGCUAACACCAUUCAUAGCAAAGAAAAACACCACUAUGAGAGAUGCUAUAUCUGUUCUUGAUCGCUUGUGUGUAACAUUAAAGUUCUUAGCAUCAGGAUGCUCAUACAAAGAUUUGAUGUACAAUUUCAGAAUAUCAGUUUCAUCUAUUUCAAGAAUUGUACCUGAGGUUUGUGAAGCUUUGUAUAAUGUGCUGAAGGAAGAAUAUUUAAAGCCAACCACAACAAAGCAACAAUGGUUACACAUUGCCAAUGAAUUUAAGUGCAAAUGGUACUUUCCCCAUGCAGUUGGCAACAUUGAUGGUAAACAUAUCAACUUGUAUGCACCUCCAAACUCAGCGUCUGAGUACUUUAACUAUAAAAAACAUUUUAGCAUAGUCCUCUUAGCUAUUGAAGAUGAAAAUGCUAAAUUCAUCUCAUUUGAUCUUGAAGCCCCUGGCAACCAGUCAGAUGGAAGAAUUUUUAAAGACAGUCACCUUAAAAACAUAUGCAAGACAUGCUAUUUCCCACAAGCUGAAGAACUAAGAGAUACAUUAUUGCCUAUACCUUACUUUCUGCUUGGAGAUGAGGCAUUUGCUUUGAAUGAAAAUCUAAUGAAACCAUAUCCACACCAGACUGCAAUAGGUGAUGAGAAAGUUUUUAACUAUAGACUUUCACGAGCACAAAGAAUUGUCGAAAAUGCAUUUGUAUUGAUGUGUAGUCAAUUCAGAUGUCUUUUGAGAACAUUGGAGUUGGAUGUUCCAAAUGCAAUGCAGGUGGUGAGGGCCUGUAUGGCAUUGCAUAACCUUUUGAUUAGUCAGAAGGACAGGGUCAGGGAAGGAAAUGUUGUGAAUGGUUCUUGGAGAACACAAUUAGGCGAUGAAAAUGAAGUAUGUGACAUCCAGCCAAAUGCCAGUGCCCGCCCAUCAUCAAUUCAUGCAAGACAAAUCAGAAAUGCUCUUAAAGACUAUUUCUUUGACGAAGGGGCAGUUGAUUUUCAAUGGACAAUGACAAACUACAAAAUUAUAACAGAGGUUACUUACGGUUACAUAGAAGGUAAUUAUUUUGCAGGAAAAAUUGCUUGGGAAUGA